AUGAAGGGACUCAUCUUGGCCCUGGUGCUCGCCCUCGUGGGGGGCCAGAAGCAGGACCUCGAGCCUGUUUUUCAUACCGGCAAGACCUACCUGUAUGGCUACGAGAGCUUCAUCCUUCACGGGCUGCCCAGCAGAGGCCUGGCGAUGGCAGGGGUGAGGCUGACCUGCAAGCUGGAGAUCACCUAUGUGUCUCACAGCGACCACCUUCUCCAGAUUCAAUCACCAAAGCUGGAGGAAUACAAUGGCUUCUGGCCCACGGACCCCUUCACUGCAUCUUCGAGGCUCACAGAGACCCUUGCUGCAUGCUUCAGCCAAGCCUUUAAGUUUGAAUACACUGAUGGAAGGGUUGGAAGUAUAUUCGCCCCUGAGGACUGUCCCAUCCUGUGCACUAACCUAGUGAGAGGGAUUCUGAACAUGAUGCAGAUAACCAUCAAAAAGUCACAAAAUGUGUAUGAACUACAGGAGGCUGGGAUUGAAGGCAUCUGCCAAACCAGAUAUGUUAUCCAGGAUGACAGCAAGAAUAACCGUGCCAUCAUUUCCAAAAGCAAGGACCUGAUGGACUGCCAGGAGAAAGCGGUGAAGAACAUGGGAAUGGCAUACAUCCGCCCCUGCCCCACCUGCCCCCUGAAAGUCAGAAAUGUUAAGGGCACGGUGAUGUUCACUUACAAGAUGAAGUAUGAUGACAGCGGGGCCUUGAUGACAUCUGCUAUGUCUGAGCAGGUGUACCAGAUCUCUCCUUUCAAUGAACCCGACGGGGCAGCAGUCAUGGAGGCAAGACAAGAACUGUCUUUGGUCGACAUUAAAAGGACUCCCAUCAGUGCACCAAAAACUCAGCUGCAAAACCAGGGGAGUCUUCGUUAUCAUUUCUCAGGAGAGCUACUCCAGAUGCCAAUUCCUCUAAUAAGGAUUAAAAAUACAGAUUUACAGUUAACAGAAACGCUGCAGCAAUUAGUUCAGAAUAACGAGGAGGGAGCCACUAAAGAAGCUUCAACCAAGUUCUUACAAAUGGUCCAGCUUUUUCGUAUAGUGACCCUUGAUCAAAUUGAGUCUUUGUGGAUACAGUUUGCCAAUGACCUUCCUUACAGAAACAUUAAAGACUGCUACUUCUUUCUUCUGCAGACUUUUUUGACCUGUCCCCAAAUCCAGAAAGCACCGAUGCAUCGAAUAAUUGUUUACCUGGGAUAUGGUAGCAUGGUAAAUAAAUACUGUGCUCAGACUUCACUUUGUCCAAAUGAACUUCUUCAGCCACUCCACAACCUUGCUACUGAAGCCACCAGCAAAAGUGAUGCCAAAGACAUGGCUUUGGCCCUGAAAGCCAUUGGCAAUGCAGGAGAGCCGGCCAGUAUCAAACGCAUCCUGAAGUUUUUGCCAACAUUUUCCCCAGCUGCAGCUUCAUUACCAAACAGAAUUCAUGCUAAUGCCGUGUUGGCCUUGAGGAAAAUUGCCAGAAAAGACCCUGUAAAGGUAAGGGAGAUCGCCCUCCAGGUCUUUAUGGACAACACACUUGCUCCUAACGUCCGAAUGGUGGCUUGUGUUGUCCUCUUCGAAACGAAGCCUGGUCUUCCAACUGUAACAGCUAUGGCCAUCUCGCUGCUGACAGAGCCCAGCUUACAAGUAGCCAGUUUCACAUAUUCACACAUGAAGGCUUUGGCAGUAGGCAGGAUCCCACAGCUCUAUAAUUUAUCUGCUGCUUGCAACAUUGCCAUCAAACUACUGAGCCCCAGACUUGACAGGCUGAGCUAUCGUUACAGCAAGGUCAUCCAUGUCGGCGAUUAUUCCUGUGAGUACCAGGCUGGUGCCAUUUGGAGGGUCUAUCUAAUGAACAGUCCCAGCACCAUGUUUCCAUCCGAUAUAAUCACAAAAGUAAGAGGAUAUUAUGCAAAUACUGCAACGGAUAUUAUUGAGGUGGCUCUCCAAUCGCAAGGCCUAACCAAGCUUAUCAGGAAGCAGAAUAUUCCCUUUGCUGAGUAUGAUACAUACAGGACACUGAAGGAACUCGGUAAAACGCUACUGGGAUGGAAAGAACUGCCUCCCGAAGACCCUCUGGUGUCCGCUUAUGUCAAAGUAUUGGGCCAAGAGAUCGCCUCUGCUGACAUUGAUAAAGACGCCAUUCAGCAGAUCAUGAUGAGUCUAACUGGAUCAUCAAACUGGCAGCCACUGGUGAAAAAAGUGGUGGAAGAGGUCCAGCGAGGUAUUUCAGGCCGAUGGACCCUACCGGCAAUGGCGGGCGAGCUGCGGCACAUUGUCCCCACGGUGGUCGGUGUGCCACUGGAACUCAGUCUGUGCGGUGUUGCGCUGGCCCAGGCUGCGGCUGACGUGGAUAUACAGAUAUCACCACCUUUAUCUGACAAUUUUAGACCUUCACAGUUGCUGGAAACCAAGAUGGAUAUUCAUGCUGACAUCAAGCCAAAGGCAUAUUUUCAUAUGAUUGCAAUGAUGGGGAUUAAUACACAAUACUUCCAGAGUGGUCUUGAAUUUCAUGCAGAGUUCAGUGCCAACACUACAAUGAAAUUUGAUGCCAAGAUAAAUAUGAAAGAGAAAAAUUUGAAGAUUGAAACCCCUCCCUGCCAUCAGGAGGUUGAGCUUGCUGCUGUGAGGAGUGAAGUUUAUGCUAUUUCAAGGAACAUGGAAGAAAUAGAUUACGAAAAGAAAUCCCAGCUUCUCCCCAAAGGAGAAGUACCAAGUAUCUCUAAUGAGCCAUUUCAGCCAUCAGAAAGUUCUUCAAGACCUGGCAGCUGGAAGCAAAGCAAUAUUCCUAGUGUGAUAUCCAAGCAAAGUUCAGAAGAAGCACAUCACCACAGCAUAGGAGGAAGAUUUUAUGCACGCAACUUCUGUAGAAAAUUUGAGAGUUUGGGAUGUUCUGCUUGUCUCAGCCUAAAGUCACAAAAUUCUGCUUUCUUAAGAAAUACCUAUCUGCACAAAUUAAUUGGAGAACUUGAAGCCAAAAUAGUUUUGAAGCCAGUUCACACAGAUGCUGAUAUUGACAAAAUACAGCUGGAGAUUCAGGCAGGAUCCAAAGCAGCUUCCAAAGUAAUUGAUGUAGCAAGCUCAGGGCCUAAGGAAGAGGAUGAGACAUCUCUGUACGAGGACAUUCAAGCUAAACUGAAGAAGAUUCUAGGCAUUGAAAAUGUGUUCCAGGUUGCAAAUAAAACACGGCGCCGUAAGAAACGGAUUCAGAGUAAAGAAAAGAUUGCAGUUAUGGACCUCUGGGCAAAACCCAUUGCAAGUCCCCUCUCCAGCUCAUCCUCUUCUUCCACUGCUUCCUCUGCUGAUGGUAAAGAGCCUGGAAAUGAAUACAAGAAAGAUGAAAUAAGGCAAUCUGGGAAGAAGCGUGGCAGCAGCAGCAAGAGCAGCAGCAGGAGCAGCAGUGGCAGGAGAAGCAGCAGCAGUAGUGUCAGCACUACUAGCAGCAAAAUCUGCAGCAGCAGCAAAGACCACUCUGGAGAUAGGCACUGCAGUGAGAACACUGAAUAUUCCAAGCAACAGGCAAAUCUACCUGUUUACCGGUUUUGGUUCAAGCCAGCAGAUAAACAGGACCCAGGAAGGGAAGUCCUGAACUGCAGCAUCAGCUCCUCCUCUUCUUCAGUUAGUGGUGAAGGCAUCUCUAGAGCCACGUCUCAGCCUAAAUUCUUGGGAGACAGCAAGCCACCGAUCCUGGCUGCAGUCCUUCGUGCCAUCCACAGAAACAAGCAGCCGACGGGAUUACAGCUUGUACUGUACACUGAUACACAACCCAUGAGAUCGAGGAUACAGUUAUUUGUUUCAAGCAUCACAGGAUCGAGUAGAUGGAAACUCUGUGCUGAUGCUUCAGCAAUAAAUUCCCAUAAAGUAUCAGGUUCUCUUAAAUGGGGUGAAAAUUGCCAGGACUACCAGAUUGCUACUCAGAUUGCAACAGGGCAAUAUGCUGCUUAUCCAGCUAUGCAGGUGAAGCUGGAGUGGCCAAAAGUACCUUCAAUAGUCCGAACAACUGCAAAAUGGUUCUACUCAUUUCUUCCAGGAGCUGCAUAUGUGCUUGGGUAUUCCCAAAGGCAACAGCGUGGUCCCUCUCACUGGGCAACCUUGGUUAUGGCUCUGACAUCUCCAAGAACCUGUGAUGUGGUCCUCAAGCUACCUGAGCUCACAAUUUAUGACAGAGCCAUCAGGCUUCCCCUGCCAUUCCCUUCAAGUCGAGGUACACCGAUUUCAAAACUACCAUCCUCUGACCGGAAUGUCUUUUCCCAAGCAACACUUUCAGUCAUUGAAAACCUUAAAGCUCGUUGUUCAGUUUUCCAAAAUACAAUCACAACCUUCAAUAGUGUUGAAUUUAACUAUUCAAUGCCUGCAAAUUGCUACCAUGUCUUGGUGCAGGACUGUAGUCCAGAACUGAAAUUCCUGGUGAUGAUGAAAAGACUUGAGGAGUCUGCUGACCUUACAGCAAUAAAUGUCAGACUUGCUAGCCAUGAGGUUGACAUGUGUGUUUCCAAUGGACUCAUCCAGUUGAAGAUUAAUGGUGUUCAAGCCCCAACAGAUGUUCCAUACACAUCUAAUUCUGAUGCAAGCAUGCUGAUCAGCAGCGAAAAGGAAGGUCUGUCACUAAAAGCCCCAGAUUAUGGCAUAGAUAAACUAUAUUAUGAUGGGCAUAGACUUGAGAUUCAGGUUGCUUUCUGGAUGGCUGGAAAAACAUGUGGUAUUUGUGGGAAAUACGAUGCUGAGAAGGAAAGGGAAUAUCAAAUGCCCAGUGGAUAUUUAGCUAAAGAUGCAGUGAGUUUUGGUCAGUCCUGGAUCAUUUCAGAAGACCCCUGUGCUGGAGCUUGCAAGCUGCAGCGCAAAUUUGUCCAAAUUGAGAAGCCGGUUGCGUUUGAGAAGAAGGCAGCAAAAUGCUUCUCCAUGGAGCCAGUCCUACGCUGCGUAGAAGGCUGUUCAGCAACCAGGACUGUUCCCGUCUCCGUGGGCUUCCACUGCGUACCAGCGGCCUCCACUCUCAGCCUGGAAGGGCAGACGAGGCUCGACCAGAAGUCCGAGGACGUCGUGAGCACAGUUUCUGCCCAUACGGCCUGUUCCUGUCAACAACAGUCGUGCCCGGCGUGA